AUGGCCAACGUCAAGUCUGUCUUAACAUGUGUUUCUCUUCUCCUACUUGUGUUCUCCCAUGAACUCCGCUCUAUCGAGGGAAGGCAUUUGAGCUUUGCCCAGAAAAAGGAGUCGCCCAACAAGAAAUCCGCUGUAAUAAACACUGAGAGCAGCCCAACAGAAAACACCACUUCUCGUAGUGAAACCACAACUAGAAUGGUGGCGUCCAUAGACGCCUCCGGAUCGCCUUUAGCCGGCCAACCUGAAAAUUCUCAAGCUGCAUUAUUGGCACCAUCAUCCGAUAAUAACAUUACAGACUUCCGACCCACAACCCCUGGUCACAGCCCUGGUGUUGGCCACUCUCGUGGAGGAAACUAA